AUGCCGUGGGAUGUGACAGGAGAAAGACCAGGCGCGGUGCUUCUGCGAACGGACUGUUCAAGCCUAAUUAACUGGUGGGUUUUUUGUUGUUGUUUUGUCCCCUUCUUACAGAAGGGCUCCUCGCCGGCUGCUCCAGUUCACCUCGUCAAUGAUGAGUCGGCUGACAAGACUAAUUUGGGCUUUAUUCAUGCGUUUGUGGCUGCUAUAUCGGUCAUCAUCGUGUCAGAACUGGGGGACAAGACCUUCUUCAUUGCAGCCAUCAUGGCAAUGCGGUACAACCGUUUGACUGUACUGGCUGGUGCUAUGCUUGCCUUGGGACUGAUGACGUGUUUAUCAGUUUUGUUUGGCUAUGCCACCACAGUUAUUCCUCGUGUAUACACAUACUAUGUGUCAACAGCACUGUUUGCAAUUUUUGGCAUCCGAAUGCUUCGGGAAGGCUUGAAAAUGAGUCCAGAUGAGGGUCAGGAAGAGCUGGAGGAAGUUCAAGCAGAAAUUAAAAAAAAAGAUGAGGAACUUCAGAGAACUAAACUGUUAAAUGGGCCAGGAGACGUGGAGUCAGGGCCAGGCACCACUAUACCUCAGAAGAAAUGGCUGCAUUUUAUUUCUCCGAUCUUCAUUCAAGCUUUUACUUUAACGUUUUUAGCAGAAUGGGGUGAUCGUUCCCAAUUAACAACCAUAGUCUUGGCCGCCAGAGAGGACCCCUAUGGUGUGGCGGUGGGAGGGACGGUGGGACACUGCCUGUGCACUGGCUUAGCAGUCAUUGGAGGGCGAAUGAUAGCACAAAAAAUUUCUGUUAGGACUGUGACAAUCAUAGGAGGCAUCGUCUUCUUAGCAUUUGCAUUUUCUGCACUAUUUAUAAGUCCAGACUCUGGUUUUUAA